CGCCGAACCCUAGUUGACAAAGUUCUGGCCCAUUCGGGGCGAUGCGCGGACUCCACAUUUCAAAUUUUGUGGAAGUCAGGGGAUACCACCUGGCUGCCAUAUGAUCGAGUAGCCAAGUUGGGAGUAUUAAAGGAUUAUUUUGCUGUGCUGGGCAUCGAGCAUGUCUCAGAGUUG